AAAAAACUUGUUUACACUCAAAAUUCAAACAAAUUUAUAAAUUUAAUUAAAUUCUACUAUAAACAAAAAGGUUUUGACAGCGGUAAUCUCUUUAUAAUAAUCAACAAAGAAGACACAAUCAAAAAACAUCAACUUACAGUCAGUAACAUCAAUUAAUUGAUUUAAUUAACAAUGGAAAAAGCCUAUGAUAAUGAAUUGGGAUUCGUCGGAAUCAAGUUUUGUCAAGAAUGCAACAAUAUGUUGUACCCAAAAGAAGAUAAAGACAACAAAAUACUUUUAUAUGCGUGUCGAAAUUGUGAUUAUAAGACGGAAACUGAAAGCUACUGCAUUUAUGUCAACAAAAUUAUGCACGAAAUUGAUGAAUUAACGCACAUCGUUCCUGAUGUUAUUUCGGAUCCAACAUUGCCAAGAACUGAGGAGCAUCCAUGUCCAAAAUGUGGACAUCGUGAAGCUGUCUUUUUUCAAGCUCAAACACGUCGAGCUGAAGAAGAAAUGAGACUUUAUUAUGUAUGUACGAAUCAAAACUGCAGUCAUCGAUGGACAGAAUGAAGAUCCAAUAUGAAUUUGAUCUUUUUGCUAUUAUUUCAAUAAAAUUUAUGGAGUUUUAAAGAUAAA